UGCCUCCCUCCCACUUUGUUUGGGUGCUGAUCGCGCAGCGGCGAAGAAGCGCUCUGCAAAAAGACUUCGCAGGAGACAUCCGAGGGCCGAAACCUACAGCAGUGGGUAACUUUAGUAGCGCCAGAUCGUCAGUGAACCAAAGACCUAUAUCAUAAUUAGCGUAGUCUCCGAGCUAUGGCCAGGUGUUUCUGCUGGUCUAGCUACACUCUCCCGGCCUACCUGUGGACGGUAUUCUCCUUCUUUACGGCCGUCAUCUGUCCCGUGGGGCUCUACUACUCCAACUGGCUGCAGAAAGUCACUCCAGAAGGGACGUAUAACUCUCUAUCUCCCUACAGACUCUGUCUCAAUGAGACUGGCCAGUUCUCCACCUCCUGCCAGGCCUAUUUCUCUUUCGACGAGAUAUAUUCGUCCGAAUGGAAGGCCAUUACUCUUCUAAUGGGUAUCGGAGCCUGCUGCCUCAUCUUUUCUGGAGUAAUGUCCCUCUUUGGUCUGUGCAUCAAGAAACUCUUCAACGUCUAUGUGACAGCGUUGGUUGUUAUCCUCCAGUGCUUGGGAGUUGUGCUUUUCUUCAUAUCCAUUGUUGUAUUUCCUGCUGGCAUCAACGACCAUGCCAAACACCCUGAGCUGUGUGGGUCUGCAGCAGGCUCGUAUCAACUGGGCGACUGCAGCAUCGGCUGGGCCUACAUCUUGACCAUGGUCGGUACUGGGACUGGAGCAGUAGCUACCGGACUCUCCUGGACCGCUGGACGAUUUAAAGAGAAACACAGAAGGGGUGGAUACACUCUGUGA